AUGGAUAAUACACACCCUACCUAUCAAUUCACUUUCACCUGCACUCACCCCACUGGGAAGGUCUCAUAUACUGCGGGUGUUCCAGUCUCCGAGGACGCGGAGCAGACGACAUGGCCGGAAAUAGGUGUUCAACUUCCCGAGUACACGAUAGAGCAACAUGCAGCACAGUUGGGCAAAGAAGCAGCUCAACUUCAGGCAUUGAAAGAACAAAGUCUUGUCCCCUUUUCAAUCCUGAUACCUUUUCUUGAGAGCUGUGUUGAGCUGGCCAAGAAAGCCUAUUGGUUCUGCAAUGCCUUUACCUAUGACACCUACCUCCACGCCAGUCCGCCCCGAAGACAAUAA